UUUGCUAUUUUUUGAUAUUUCAAAAAUAAAAUCGUCUGUUUAUCCUCAAAGAUCGAAAAUAAUUUGACGUUCUUACUUUAAACAUACCGCUGACUGGCAACAAUGAUCAAAUGCAAAGUUUCAAAUUCAAAUGAACCAAUGGGAAUGGUUCGUAUCAAAAUUCGUGGCUGUUAUAUGUAAAUUUGAAUUUAUUGGUGGGAAUUAUGUAAAUUCGAUCGUUUUGUUCGUUACGAUAAUUAUUAAAUGAUUUAAUUUUUAUAUUAAGACAGGAGAUUCGUCACCUUUUGGCACUUGUAACAUCAACGAUUAUCAUCCACUCGCGAUCUCUUAACUCAGACGUGUUGCCAAAAAGAAAUUAGCUUUUCUACGAUUGUUAUUACUAGCGGCUCCUGCAAUCGAGUAUCGUUAAGUGAGUCAGUUGUAAAAAGGAGAAACUAGCGCGCGCAUCAGCGCUGACGUCAGCGGAGCGGCAGAAAAUAAAAGGCUACAGCAGACGACGGAGUUCCCAGAAAGAUUGGCGACGAAGACAGAAUGACACUUGACAUUGGGUGCAUAGAACCCGUUCCAAGAAGCAUGAUAGAGUUUGACGAAAUCGUUCCACACUUUAUAAGCAACGAAUAUCGAAGCGUACGGACUAACAACAACAACAUGGCAAGCUUCAAGUCUUCCUGUAAACAGAGCAAAGGCAGAUCGGUUAACAGAUCCCAAUCGGUGAAAACCGUGCGAUGCCCUCAGAACUCUACGGAGCCGAGCUGCCGCUUUAGGUCUAGGAUUUCCAGCACCCCCAGCGAGGACAACAACACCAGGCCCUCACCCAGGGCAUCUUCUUUACCUCUUUCGGGUGAAGAUGCCGACUAUUAUCGCCUGAGGAACUUCGCCGUAACUCCAAAGGGUGUUAUUAACAGGGGUGAUUCUUUCCGUUCGAAACCAAGUUCCAUAUCGUCCAGCCCCAGUUCUGCAAGUAGCCCUAGAUCGGAGAGCCCGUCCUCACCCGAUCAGGAGGUAGCACCGUGUAUAAGCCGCCAGACUAGCUACAUAGAUCAGUACAAGGUACUAGUUAUGGGUGCCCCCGACGUUGGCAAAUCGUCCAUCACCCGCCAAUUCAUGACGUCCGAGUACAUCUCUGCCUACGAUAGUUCUCAAGACGAGAACGAGAAAUCGGUAACAGUGGUCCUCAAUGGGCAAGAAUCGGAGAUGAUCUUCUUAGAAAUCCCGUGUGACGAAGAUUUGGUCCAAAUGAUGAUUACUUCUUCCAAUAUCGAUGCUUACGUGGUGGUUUACAGCGUAACCUCACGUCGUAGCUUCAUACAGACUCGAAAAUUGCUAGAACAAUUGCAGAGAUGGGACGGAUCGAGCAAUAAACCGCUUAUCCUAGUUGGCAACAAAACAGAUUUGGCAAGAUUAAGGACGGUGACGACAGAAAAUGGUCGCAGUUUAGCCACGGAGGUGGGUUGCAAGUUUAUUGAAACUUCAGCGGGUAUCAAUCAUCAGUUGGACGAGCUUUUAGUUGGAAUUUUGAGCCAAAUUCGCCUGAAAACCAAGCACGCGCAGAAGGUGAGGAGGAGGCAAAUAAGAGGACACACAACCGACCUAUCGGGCAAUAAAGCAAGGGGCAUCAUCAGAAGGAUCCUGAAGAAAGCGUGCAUAAGAUCCAAAUCUUGCGAUAAUCUUCACGUACUUUGAGAAUCGUAAAUGGCCGUUUAUUUAAGAAAGUACAUAUCGAAAUUAAAAGUGCCUGGUAUUAAUAUGUAGCGUGGUACCCGUACCACGUGAUUUCUAAGAGAAAUUUUGUUACUUGGUAUACACGCCGGGCGCGUGAGGGAAAAACAAUAACCAAUGUCUCGUUUACGGAGAAUGGGUUUCGUCUUCUGUAUAUAUUUAUAAUUUCUUUUUUUUUUUUAAUUUGUACAUGAGAUUUUUAAAUUUUUGGGUAUCUUGACAUGUCUACUUGGAUAUCAACUGUUUUUUUUCUAUUGUAUGUUGACUGAUGUGUGAAUGAAAUAAAGUUUUGUACAGG